UAAGCUCAUAACGCCUUACAUUAACACACACCCCUUUCUUCCACACAAACCUACUCAUUCUUCAUCACUAAUUCUUGAAGGCAAAGAAUUGCAGAGACAACAAUGGCUUCCACUGUCUGUGCUUCUUCAGCCAUCGCAGCUGUUGCUUUCUCUUCUCCAGCUUCACAGAAGAAUGGAUCUUUUGUUGGAUCAACAAAGGCUUCCUUUCUUUGUGGGAAGAAACUAAGAGUUAGCAAGGUCACUGCACCAACCGUGGCACGAUCUUCCGGGACAGUAUGCGUUACCGCCGACCCCGAAAGACCCAUUUGGUUCCCCGGCAGCACCCCUCCGGAAUGGCUCGACGGCAGCCUACCAGGAGACUUCGGGUUCGAUCCUCUUGGUCUAGGAUCCGACCCGGAGACCUUGAGGUGGAACGUGCAAGCGGAAAUAGUACACUGCAGAUGGGCUAUGUUAGGAGCAGCUGGGAUCUUCAUCCCGGAAUUCCUAACAAAAAUCGGAAUCCUAAACACUCCUUCAUGGUACACAGCCGGUGAACAAGAGUACUUCACAGACAAAACCACACUGUUCAUAGUGGAGCUUAUUUUCAUCGGUUGGGCAGAAGGAAGACGAUGGGCUGACAUUCUCAAACCUGGGUGUGUUAACACCGAUCCCAUCUUCCCCAACAACAAGCUAACAGGUACAGAUGUUGGGUACCCAGGUGGACUAUGGUUCGACCCACUCGGAUGGGGGAGUGGUUCACCUGCAAAGCUUAAGGAAUUGAGGACAAAGGAGAUCAAGAAUGGGAGAUUGGCUAUGUUGGCUGUCAUGGGUGCUUGGUUCCAAGCAAUCUACACUGGAACUGGACCCAUUGAUAACCUCUUUGCUCACCUUGCUGACCCGGGUCACGCCACUAUUUUUGCUGCAUUCAAGGGUUAAAUAGCAAGGGGUUGUUGAGAUCAUGAUCUUCAGAUGAUGCUGGAGAGGGAAAAUGGUGGAUUUAACAGUUUUUGGCAAGUCAUGUGUGUGUAUCAUUAGAAAUUGUAUCUUGUCUCUACUGUAGAAACUUAAUGCAAUGUACAAAUACCUCUUUGAACUUAAAAUGAUUCAGAUAUAUAAGCUUGUAUGUUGGUAAA